AUGGUUACCAAUAGUUCCAACUCUUCACAAUCUGUUCGUUCAGCAGUAAUAAAGUGGGAAACAAGUGCCACUAAAGCACUUUUAGCAUUUUUAGAUACGCGAAAAGAAGCUCUUAAUGCUUUAAAAAAGAACUUGGAAGGAUUAAUGAGUAGAAAAGAUGCAGAAAAUCAAAGUGGUGACGAAGCAAUGGUUAUUCCAUUUCAGACAAUCUGUUAA